UCCUGAACAUGAAACUAAAUGUUCUUUUGAAAGAAGAAGUUGGUAUCACUAUCCGCCGUAUGGUGCUUGGCCAUCAAACUUUGAGGAAGCUCGAAAAAUGUUCGAUGUACUGGAUUCGGACGAGAUCAAUGAUCAAAAUAUUAUUGUUGAAGAAAAUAUUAUAAUUAAAAAUCAAAUCGAUGAUCCUAUUAUUUUACCAUCAAACAACACUAACAUUUCAUUAUAUGGAGAACCGAAACCAGGGGUUACCUAUAUUCGAAUUUAUUCUAAGAAAGUUGAUACAGCCCUCACAUACAAAUAUCAAGAAAAUAACUUAGUGUAUUUUCUAAUUGUGGAAGUAAAGCUUCCUCAUGUGCCUUUUAACGGAGUUUAUGAUAAACUCUUAAGAUCAAUAAAUGAUGCAAUCAAUAGAUUUCUAAUUUACAUAGCCAAGGAUGCUUUGAAUAUUACAAGUACAUUAAAAGAUCUUUUAACGAAAUUAAGAUGGAUAGCAGUUUUCGUUGCUGAGGGAAGUUUUUCUUUAAUCGCUAUUAGGCUUAUGGAAAAUCAUCAACUUCGCUUGAGUUUUCCUGUAGGUGAAGCUAAAAUUCCUUUAAAAUCUGACAACAUUUCAGAUUCAAUCUCUUUGCUGAGUUUAUUGAUCUAUAUUAAGGUGACCGUUAAUGAAAACUUAAAUAUUUUAAGAAAAAUUGAAAAGGAAAUUGAAAGUAUUAAGAAAUUCCACAACAGAAGCGAAGGAAAUCGAAAUACACGAGACUUCCUUAUGAAUGCUGUUCAAGUAACGCCAUCAACACCUCUGAAAAACUUUAAAUGA